AUGACCUCAGCCUGUAUGUUCUUCACCUGGUUGUACCAGAUCACUUUUUUCGCUGGACUUAUGGUGAUUUCGGCCAAGGUGGAGUUGGCCGGCAGAAACUCCUGUAUACCUUGCAUUAAGGCGGUGGAUAUUCAUGCGAAAGAAAUUGAAGCGGAGAAAAUAGCGAAAGAAAAAGAAGACGAAGACAACAGUAGACGUAGA